GAUGAUUAGCGGAUAGGAAAGAAAUUUACGAGAAGGUUAAAAUUGGAAAUACGAAGGGGACGAUUCGAACUGUUCGAGGGUAGUCGAGAUAACGGUGGAGCGGCGGCGCGGCGGUGCCGCAGGAAAUUUUAUCAAUACCGUGGCCGUCUAGUGGGUGACAGUCGCUCGUGAAAAGUACGCGGUCAUCUGACGGUGUUGGCAAGUCAGCGGAUAGCUCUAGUUCGGGAAACCAACAGCGAUUGACGAACAACAUGGCCACCGAAGGCGGUCUAGCACCUGAUGCUGCUGCGGGUGCAGGUGCAGGUUCUGAUGGAAUCGUCGGAGGUCCCAGGACGCCUCAGCAGAUCGCCUCGCAGAAACGACUGCAGGCGACGCAGGCGCAGGUAGAUGAGGUCGUUGACAUCAUGAAAACGAAUGUUGAAAAAGUGUUGGAACGUGAUCAAAAGCUCUCUGAGCUCGAUGAUCGAGCAGACGCGCUUCAGCAAGGAGCGUCGCAAUUUGAACAACAAGCAGGAAAAUUGAAGAGGAAGUUUUGGCUACAAAAUUUGAAGAUGAUGAUCAUCAUGGGCGUCAUCGCACUAAUCAUAUUGGCCAUCAUAGUUGCGAACUUCAUGUAGACGCGCUGGUUGGUGGAAAAGAUUUGUGUGUGAGUGGGUCUGAAGCGAGCGCCAUCGGCGGCAGCGACUCGCAAAACUGUACACGUGAGUAAAAUUAAGGCAACAACAACAACAGCAAAAAAAACAGAAAACAAAAGCAACCAACAGCGAAAGGAAGACGAGUGAACAAACGGCGGGGAAUUUGAACGUGUGAGACGAGUUUGAGACUGCGUUACAAUGAAAGAAAAAAAGGAUGGAAAAGGAUACACACGAUCGAUGAGCAACAAGUAACAGCAACAAUAGGAAAGCAACAAUAAGGAAGCAUUGUACGAUAAGAUCGAAGUAACCUAAAGAAGUGGAGGAACAGUGGUAAUAACGGGUGAUCGAUGAGAGUAUCGAUUAUUGAUAGAGGUUCUUCGAUCUUCCAAGUUCGGCAAAACUCAAAAAAUAAAAUCAGAAAAAAAGAAAGAAGCGAAGAAUAAAUUGAAAUGUAAAGGAUAUGUUAUAUCGAGGAAGAGAAGAUCGAAGAAGAAGAGAUCUAAACGAUUGCGGUUCCGUUUGCAAUUCCGCCAUCAUGUUCGAGAUCCAAAACGAUGCUUUCGAUUCGAACACGACAGUGGACUCGAUCAAAUUCGUUUUGUCAACGUUUCACAAAUGGACGAAGGCCGGCCGCGAAAGGAGGAGACGCACGAUAAAAAGAGCGAAUGGUUUACAAUUAGAAACUUUCGUGGAUCGUUCGUCUAAGCAUUGUAACCGUUACAUCGACCGAUAGCAAAACGGAAAAACGGUGAUCGUACGGAAUAGAGAAGAAGAGGAUGUAAUAACUGAUCUAAUAAUUGAUCGAUUCUUGCCUUCCUUCGUCCAUCCUUGUGAGCUAAUCCGCGCUAAAUAAAUGAAUAAAGGAGAGAGAAUAAUUAAUGGCCAGUGUGUACAAAGAGAAGAAGGGAGUUAGAGAGAAGAUGAGGAAUUAUCGCGAUACAGGGUGUCCGUAAAAACUAGCAGGAUCUUUUCGACGAAGGCAGCGUGUCGUAGGGAAUUUUCAUUGUGUCCCCCUUCCUUCCGUAAAGAAGUGCCGAAUAUAAAUAAAUAAAUGUGUGUAUAAAUGUAUAUCGACGUUUACUUUAUAAAUAAAACAUGUAUGGCGAGUUACGAGGAAGAGCGUACGAUCCAGGAGAGAAAUCGAGAGAACGCGGAUCUUCCAUCGUUCCAAACCAUUUUGUGAUUCUGCUUCGAGACUCGGGCUUGUACAACGAUAGAACGAAAUCAUCCGUUGUUCGAAGAUUCUUGUCCAUCCCUUCCAAUCUUUACGAUCAUGUAAUCUUUAUUGCCAAACGCUUCUCAUUGUCGAGAUCUCGCUGCGUUUCCUUUCCGAUCGUUUCAUUCAUUUUUAAAAGACGUUUCGCGAUAAAAUGUAUGAAUUAGGAUUAAGCACAAGGGAAAAUGACGAAUAUCGGUAGGACUUUUACGCUUCUGAAUAUCAAUUAAAAGUGGGAAGAUCGGCCAUAUCACGCGUGGAUCGUACGCUCUGCUUGUAACAUAUAUGUACAUCUCGUAUUGUAAAUAAUAUCAUUUCUCCUUCAUGUUCGUUCGAUUAUGACCAACUGCUAAUAAUUAAAUAAACGACUCGAAAAAAAGAGAAGAAAGAAAGAUAUAUGAUACCACGGUGAGAAACUAUGCAAGAUAGUGAGCGUGAGAGCGAGAGAGUAAAAAAACAGAGCGAAAGGGAGAUCGAGAGAAAGAAAGAGAGUCACGUGCAUUCUUUGUUCUUUCGCGUCCGUUAUCCUUCCAUCUAAUCGGAGAAUUAAAUAAGUAGAAGAAGCCUGCCUUCGUCGAAGAUGGCAACGAAAUGUUUUCGAGCAACCUGUGCGACGAAACGAGAAGGCGGACAAGAUUAAAGAACAAAAAUAAAGAGCGGAAAAGAAAUAAAAAAAAGGAAAUAAAUACAAGAAAAUAUGAAAUAAAAUAAUGCUAUGAGCGAGAAAAGAGAGAGACGCAUCGACUUGCUCGAGGCACCUACGUAGGUUCGUUUUAAGGCUUGAAGAAUUAUCUUCAAAUGUUAUGUAUACAUGUUAAUAUUAAUAAUAAUAAUAAUAAUAAUAACAAUAAUAACAAUAACAAUAAUAAUAAUAAAUAAUAAUAAAUACUAAUAAUAAUACUAAUAAUAAUGAUAAUAAUAAUUAUGAUAAUAAUAACAACAAUAACAAUAAUAAUAGUGCAGGAUAAUAUUUAACAAGAUAAAAACCGUGCAACGUGACCACCGUGGAAUCCAUUGGCCAUUUCGAAGAAACGAAACAAAACGGAAAAGAUACACGGUAUGGAGUGUCGUCGAUGAUCCAAGACAAUGUUACGAAGUCUACUCUAUGCGCAGAAAGUUGAAAAAGUUUAAAAGCUGUUGCUACAGAAGACGUUUUUAUUAUAUUGCAGCAUACUUGUGCACUUCGUUUGCAGAAUUUCUACUCGAAUGCUUACGUACUUACGUGCUUAGUGUACGACUACUUACAACGUACAGAAGUGCAUUUCUAGGAUCAUUUAAAAUACUUGUAACAAGUUUGAAUUUAUACCCCUUUUCAACUCGAAACAGCUACACUCGUAGAUUACAAGCUUUCGACAUUUUUAGAGAAACAUUUUUGUGUAUAGAGAUGAUUUUGACUGAAAUGUGUCAUCGUUCUUCGUCGGCACUUCGUACACGGUUCCACAGAGGAAACGAUAUCCUCAAAGUUUACCACUAUCAAGUCAACCACUAUAUACGAAAGAAAGAAUCCGAUGAAAGGAAGCGCAUUCAACGGCACGACUUCUCAGGCAGCUCGAGGAAGUCGUCGAUGGUUUCCCUUUCAUUUCACUCGUUUACUCUUGUGUUCAUCCGUGUUCAUCCAUCGAACGAACGAACCAUUCCAAUUUUGGCAUUUAGAGUCCAUCGAGUCCCUUCCUCCGCGUAUAUCCGUUUUACUUCUAAAAAAAAUUCAUUCAUUUGGAGAGAAAGAAAAUAGAAUGAUGGAAUAAUCAGCUACGAAAUCGGACUUCUUCCAAAUUCUGUCCUCUGUCAGUGGAAGCAAUUGUUUCUUCUCCUUCUUUCUGACAAGAUUCUAAUGAUUCGUUGAAACUACGCGAAGAAGGGGACCAGAAGUUGUUAAACGCGGAAUAGCAAGCAUUAUCGAUCGUUGGGGGAGAAGGAGUUUCAGAUAGGAUUCUUAUUCGAAUCCGAAAUCAUAGCGUUUAAAUAUGGUUAGAUUGUGUUUGAAAAAGGAAAGAAAGAAAGAAAUAUAAAACGCAUAACUGUACGUCAUGCGAUACCUUGACCGUGUGCGUGUUAAUUAUUAACGACGAUUAUGAUCAUGAUUAUGUUGCUUUCAACAUUGUACAGUAUCGAAUAAAAAUUACAGUGCGUGGUCAGAAAAAAAAA